AGCGCGAAAUUUCUCCACAACUCUUAACGUACGAGCUCAGCUAGUCGUUCUUCUCUCCUUCCCGGUGCUUGCUUUCUUCUCUGUAUCAUCUCGUAUACCACUACGCACCGGGCAACAUGAACGCGGCAACAACGAACUUGGUCGUCUCACUCGUGGCCAUGCAAGUGGCCCGAAAGAUUAACUUCGACGAUCCUGAGAUCUUGACCUAUGUUCGCAUUGCCUAUGUCGCUGUUCAAGUGCUCGUGUUGGGAGUGUACUACUAUACGUCACUGAAGAUUAAGCAGAAGAAUGACUUGACUGUCCUCAAGUACGUGGAACCUGCGAGCCCUAUGUCCGGGGAAGAAGGGAAGUUAGUCACUACCACGGUGCGGGAUUAUGACCUAUCGGAAACCUCAAAACUGGUCCGUGGCGCAUACAUGGGCAUCCUCAUGAUGGCAUUCUUGCAUGGAUACCUCAAGUACACUCAGCCGUUGUUCAUCCAAGCUCUUAUGGGUCUCAAGGGCUUGUACGACGCUAAGCCCGUUGCUAUUCAUGUUCUUGGCAAGCCUGCCGAGGGUGACCUUAAGCGUCCAUUCAAGGCGGGUGGUAUGUUUGGUACCGCUGCGAAUCCUCAAACCGACAAAGCUGCUAUCGACGAGGCCGAGAAGCGAAUCGGCAAAAAGGACGAGUAGAUACCUCGCGUGUUCUGUAGACUUUUUUUUCUGGAUAUAGGUGCUUUAAUACAUUAUUGUUUAUGCGAUUUUUUGCUGCGAUGUUCGACCAAUAAUAGAUAGUUCAUGUUUUUAUAGUC